UUUUUCUUCACCAACUGCUGCAGAAGCAGACGACGACUUCGAAGAACCGCCUUCGUCUCUCUCUCUCCUUCUUCUUCUUCCGAGACGGAGUCGAAUAUACUUACAUCCAUACACACACAUAGAGAGAGGAACAGAGAGAGUACGAGCCGGAAAUGGGCUGCGGCGGUGGAAAUCUCUUCUACCCGGUUCUCAUCGCGCUCUCUGUAGCCCUCAUCACUUACAACAUCAUCAUCUCCGCAAAUGCUCCUCUCAAGCAGGAGUUUCCUGGUCGAUCUUCUUCUUCGUCGGAGUUCUCUGUUGAUCCAAUCAUUGAAAUGCCGCGCGGCGGCGGAGGGGAGAAGAAGAGGCUGUUCCACACGGCGGUGACGGCGUCUGACUCGGUGUACAACACGUGGCAGUGCAGGGUCAUGUACUACUGGUUCAAGCGGGCCAAGGAUUCGGGCGGACCCGGGUCGGAGAUGGGCGGGUUUACCCGGAUCUUGCAUUCGGGCAAGCCUGAUAAGUACAUGGAUGAGAUUCCCACGUUUGUUGCUCAACCUUUACCAUCUGGGAUGGAUCAGGGUUAUAUAGUACUUAACAGGCCAUGGGCAUUUGUACAAUGGCUUCAACAAGCAGACAUAAAAGAAGAUUAUCUUCUGAUGGCUGAGCCUGAUCACUUAAUUGUCAAACCUAUACCAAACCUGGCCAGAGAUGGACUUGGGGCCGCAUUUCCAUUCUUUUAUAUCGAACCCAAGAAGUACAAGAAGGUGUUAAGGAAGUAUUACCCAGAGGAGAGAGGACCGAUAACCAACAUCGACCCGAUUGGAAACUCUCCGGUCAUUGUGGGAAAGGAAGCUCUGAAGAAGAUUGCUCCGACAUGGAUGAAUGUUUCAUUGGCUAUGAAGAAGGAUCCUGAAACAGACAAGGCUUUUGGAUGGGUUCUUGAAAUGUAUGCUUAUGCUGUCUCCUCAGCUUUGCAUGGUGUCAGCAAUAUUCUACACAAAGACUUCAUGAUUCAGCCCCCAUGGGACACAGAGGUCGGUGACAAGUACAUCAUACAUUACACUUACGGAUGUGACUAUGACAUGAAGGGUCACUUAACGUAUGGAAAAAUUGGGGAAUGGAGAUUUGACAAAAGAUCGUAUGAUAAUUCUCCGCCGCCGAGGAACCUUACCAUGCCUCCGCCUGGUGUUUCCGAGAGCGUGGUAACACUUGUGAAGAUGGUGAACGAAGCCACAGCCAAUAUCCCAAACUGGGGAUCGUAGAUAUUAUAUAUAUAUAGUCCUCACGAUCCUCUGGUCUCCAAAGUGCAUUCUCCGUGUGGUUUUUGUUCCUCUAUUCAAGAAUCACAGGAUGUACAUACACUGACUAUGUAGAAUAUGUAAGCUUUUGUAUGAGCGUCGGCAUUUCCUUAUGUGAUUAUCCCAAAGUGGCCAAUCAGUAAACAACUUACUUGAACUUCAAAUAUCUUAUAAAUUUCAACAUUUUUUUUUUA